AGAAAAAUCAAACGCCUUGGAGGGUGCCGCCAUGGACGAUGCUGCGGACAGCGUCUUCGCCCAGGUGACACUGACCGCUGCUCCACAUGCGAAAAACUGCGAAGUGUUGAGGUUUUCAGAGGAGAAACUGUGGACCUGUGGAGUAGAUGGACGGCUGGCCUGUAGCAGCUUUGAAGGCGAGACCUUGGGGCGGAACUGGGUGCAACGGAUCUCCAAGCUCUCCACGGAGACACCCACGGCAGCCAUCUCCUCCGAUGGGCGCCUUCUGGCAGUGGCAGAAGACACUGAUGCCGGCUUCCAGGUUUGGGUGCAUCAACUGGAGAAGGGCAGAAUGAACACAUCACAGAAGCCAAGGAAUGCUGGUAGAUUCACCCUUCCCAUCAGCCACCUCUCAUGGCAUGCGACUUUGCCCUACCUCUGCAUCAGCACCGAUGACGGAAAGCUGGACGUUUGGUGGGAGACAAAGACCGAAGAGUCAGAGUCCAAAGGGACUGCAUCACGGCGUCAACUUCUUAGAGGUGAAACUCAUUUGGGAGGUGUGCGUUGUGCUGCCAUUGAUCCCCAGCUGGAGCUGCUUGCGGCUGCCUUUACGUGUGGCCAAUUGGUGGUUCUGACCUUUCCAGAGGGCGCUGAGAAGCACCGCUCCAAUCUCUGGCCAAAAGCGGUGAGCGAAAGCGAUAACUUGCGUUUGGCCUGGCAGCCAAAUGGACAGCGGUUGGCACUACCUGGAUCUCCGUCCCUACGACUGCUGCCACGAAACUUUGGCGAAAUCGUGGAACUGAAAGGUGGCCAUCGCUACUCAACCACCAUGGCAGCCUGGUCUCCAUCCGGAGAUGUACUCGCAAGUGCCUCCUUUGAGGCUGUAGCUUUGUGGUCAGACGACUGCUUGCGACGGAUCUUCGAAUUCAAAGCUCAGCCUACGAGCUUUGCGUGGAGCGGAAGCUUCCUGGCAGUUGGUGCAGAGGGUGGACACAUUGCUCGCUUGUCUGCGACAAUCGAGUCAUGCAAUGAAGCUGAGAAGCCUCAAGAGGAGGAAGAAUCUGGCAGUGCAGAUGCGCCUGUUGACCACCAACAAGCUGAGUCACAGGCAGACGUCGUGCAAGAUGAGCCGCAGGAGCCACUAAUCUUCAAGCCAGCGGUUCAAGGGAAGUUUCAGCCAGGUGGCACUCGGCGAGGUCGCCGACGUCUAUUGGCCUGGAACGAUCACGGAUGCCUGAAAUUAGUGAUUUCUUCCAGCGGCAAACAACGCGUCGUCGAAGUGAAGUACUUCAAAUGUCAGGAUCCCACCUCGGGGCGAGAGUUGAAGGCUGAUGGAGUGGAAAUUGGAGCCUUGGGUCCUGGCCUUUGUGCCUUAGCUUCACCUUCACAUGUGGUGGUGCACCUAGCCAGUCUUGGGACAUUUUGGACCCAGUCCAGCUUCGAACAUCACCUGCCUGGUGAGCACAUCGAAGCCGUGGCCAUCAGCCGUAGCUUUGUGGCAAUCUUCGUUGCACCCUUCCGGCUUCUUCGUCUGUUCACGCCAUCUUUCAUUCCUCUUGGGGUUUUGGCAAUGCCUAUGGACAUUGUCUCUAUGGUUGCAUGCAACCAUCUACUGUUCUGCGUUUUUCAAGCUCGUGCAAAGAGAGACUUGCGAUUGCACUUUUCCCUCUUUGACGUGGAGAAGCAAGAAAAACUCUCCAGUGGACGUCUGCCGCUGUCACGGCAGUCCACGCUGCGUUGGAUCGGUUUUAGCGCAGAUGCGCAGGGACCACAACCCUUGGCGUUGGACUCCGCUGGAAUUCUCAGAGCCUUGAUCCAGAACGAUGAAUGGGUGAUGUCUGUGACCCCACAGAGUUGGGUGCCAGUGGCAGAACUGGAUGGAGAUUGUAAGCUAUGGCCUGUGUGGGCAGAAAAUGGAGUGCUUCGAUGUAUGGAGGUUCGCCCGGGAGAGGAGCCAAAAGUAGCUGCCCAAAGGCUAACAACCGUCAACUACAAGCUGCCAGUGAGCCUUGAUGGUCUUGAUGCUGACAAAGCUUCUGGAGCACUUCUGAAACACUUUCUUUCCUCCAAGAAGAUCCAAAGAGAUUCCAUGGUGCGACUCUUCGAAGAACAUGUAAAGCUGAAAGACCAAGAAGUUGCUUUGGACAUUGCCAGAUGCUAUUUGGGCGGCCACAAGUCCAUGAAGUCCUUGAAGUCCUUAGUUCAAUCUGCUGAGAAGGCAGGACUCAACGACUUGGCGCUGCGAUUGGAGGCGCUGACGGAUCUGACGGAUCUGACGGAUCUGGGGACGAAGAAGAGGAAAUUGGGGGCUACGACGGCGUAGAUGGCCUGGGGACUUUGAGGGUUGAUCCAAAUGGAUCCAAAUGGCGGAAGUUGAGGAAAGAAGCUGACGA